AAAUACUUUACCUUUAACUAUGAUACAGCGCCUCCAUCAAACAGUACUACUAGUGCAAGUGCUACUACUACUACUACUACUAGUACUGAUUCUACAUCAAGUGUACUAGUGAUAUCAGCAAUAGUUUCAGUUUUGGUUAUAGUUGUUACUUUAGUGAUGAUGAUUGUUUGCGUGAUUUUUAUAAAAAUUUAUAGAAAAAAGAGCAGUAAAAGUCAUGACAUUGAUGUAACACCUAAUGCAGGCUAUGGCAUGAUUGAUGUUGUCAAUACAACCACAGAAAAUGAAGAUGGAGUUUAUGAAAGAAUAAAGGAUGAUCAGGUUUAUGAACAAUUAGAUGAACCUGAUCUGCUUGUAGCAAGAGAAAGUGCUGCUGACACAAGUAGCACAAAAUAUAAAAAUACUACUGUGCCUAUUGUUAAAGCCAGACUAAGUAGCACAACAUAUGAGAAUACUACUGUUCCUCUUGGUAAAGAGUCUGCUAGCUUUCAUGAAACAGAGAAUGAAGAAUGUGUGUAUGAACUAACUGAUACCUCAUAGUAACUUUUUUUUGGUGUGCAUUUACCAAGCAAAUUUUAUAAAUGUGCUGCAUAAUAAAUCUUCAUACAUUAUAAUAGUUUGGUUUGAUUUAUAGAUCUAAUAGUCAUUUUCGCUUACA